AUGCCCUCUCAAAAUAAAACCAAGCAAGUUCCAGAAAAAGAAAGAUUCAUACAAUGCUGCGCCGAUAUCUCGCUAGAUCUAGUGGCAUCUCUCAAAUCCUCCAGAGACAUCAAUCUCAAUGGUUUAAUCAUCAGAUACGCCAAGAAGCACAAGCUCAAGAGCCAACCAAGACUCACAGAUAUCAUUUCGUCGAUCCCAGACCAAUACAAGAAAUACCUCAUACCAAAGCUUAAAGCCAAGCCGGUGCGUACGGCCUCCGGUAUUGCAGUGGUGGCGGUGAUGUGCAAACCGCAUCGCUGUCCCCACAUCGCUUACACGGGCAACAUUUGCGUGUAUUGUCCCGGUGGCCCCGAUUCCGACUUUGAGUACUCGACUCAGUCAUAUACGGGGUACGAGCCCACGUCAAUGAGAGCCAUUCGCGCUCGAUACGACCCCUACGAGCAAGCCAGAGGGCGUGUUGACCAGUUGAGGAAAUUGGGCCAUUCGAUCGACAAGGUGGAGUACAUCAUCAUGGGCGGUACGUUUAUGUCGUUACCCAUAGACUAUCGUGAAAACUUUAUAACCCAACUCCACAACGCCCUCACUGGGUUCAACGGUAAAAACAUUGACGAAGCUAUUGAGUUUUCCCAACAGUCGCAGACCAAGUGCGUUGGUAUCACCAUUGAGACUCGGCCCGAUUAUUGCACCGAGACGCACUUGAGCGAUAUGUUAAAAUACGGAUGCACCAGAUUGGAGAUCGGGGUGCAGUCUGUAUAUGAAGACGUUGCGAGAGACACCAAUCGCGGCCACACUGUCAAGUCCGUGUGUGAGACGUUUGCCGUGGCGAAAGAUGCUGGCUAUAAAGUCGUGAGCCACAUGAUGCCCGACUUGCCCAACGUGGGAAUGGAGCGAGACUUGGAGCAGUUCAAAGAAUAUUUCGAAAACCCCGACUUCAGAACCGAUGGCUUGAAAUUGUACCCCACCUUGGUUAUCCGGGGUACCGGGUUAUACGAGUUGUGGAAACAGGGGCUUUACAAAUCGUACAACGCCAACGCGUUGAUUGAUCUCGUAGCAAGGAUCUUGGCGUUGGUGCCCCCCUGGACUCGUAUCUACCGUGUGCAAAGAGACAUCCCCAUGCCCCUCGUGACCUCCGGUGUCGAGAAUGGUAAUUUGAGAGAAUUGGCGUUGGCAAGAAUGAAAGACUUUGGCACCUCGUGCAGGGACGUGCGGACUCGAGAAGUUGGAAUCCAGGAAGUCCACCACAAGGUUGUCCCCGACCAAGUGGAGUUGAUCCGGAGAGAUUAUUACGCCAACGGUGGAUGGGAAACAUUUUUAAGUUACGAGGACCCCAAGCAGGAUAUCUUGAUUGGUCUCUUGAGGUUGCGCAAAGCCAGUAAGAAAUACACUUAUAGGAAAGAAUUCACUAAACAGCAAACUUCCAUCGUGCGAGAGUUGCACGUUUACGGAUCUGUUGUGCCGUUGCAUUCGAGAGACCCGCGAAAAUUCCAGCACCAAGGUUUCGGAACGUUGUUGAUGGAAGAAGCUGCUCGCAUAGCAAAGGAAGAGCACGGCUCGGAGAAGAUUAGUGUCAUUUCCGGUGUGGGUGUGAGGAACUACUAUGCGAAAUUGGGCUAUGAGUUAGACGGACCAUUCAUGUCCAAGAUGCUCUAA